GUUCAAUAGAAGCCGUUACAAAUAAGAUAAGGUAUUGUGUGAGGUAUAGGAGCAUUUUUAAUAGUUUUAAUAGUUUUCGCUGUACUAAGUAAGCCGCGGAAACGGAAAAUGUACCCGAUAAUAUAGAAUACUGUCACGUUUUAUAAACGGUUUUAUGUCGGUUUUAAUGUUAAAAACAAUACAUUACCUAGACGGCUCGUGAGCGGUUCAUCUGAGUCGGUUCACCUGAGUCGGUUCACUUAUUCGAUUCACAAUGAGGCUUUAUGCGUAUCUUCUGAAUUCCUCAGCAAAGAUCGAAUAUUACUCCAGAUUUUCACCAUCUCCACUUUCCAUCAAGCAGUUUCUGGAAUUUGGCAGAGACAAUGCUUGCGAGAAGACCUCCUAUAUGUUCCUGCGGAAGGAGCUGCCCGUGCGCCUGGCCAACACCAUGCGGGAGGUGAACCUGCUGCCGGACAGGCUGCUCAGCCAACCGUCCGUCAGACUGGUGCAAAAAUGGUACAUGCAGAGCUUUCUGGAGCUGCUGGAGUACGAAAACAGGAACCCGGAUGACCCGCAUGCCCUGAACGACUUCUUGGAGGCUCUGAUCGAGAUCAGGAACAGACACAACGACGUGGUACCCACUAUGGCUCAGGGAGUGAUCGAGUACAAGGAGAAGUUUGGGUUCGAUCCGUUCGUCAGCUCUAACAUCCAGUAUUUCCUGGACCGCUUCUACACCAACCGCAUCUCCUUCCGCAUGCUCAUCAACCAGCACACUCUCCUGUUCGGCAACGACACGAACCCAGCACACCCGAAACACAUCGGCAGCAUCGAUCCCGCGUGCAGCGUGGCUGACGUGGUCACCGAUGCGUAUGAGACGGCCAAGAUGCUGUGCGAGCAGUACUACCCGUGUGCUCCGAAACUAAACAUCAAAGAGUUUAACGCGAAGGCACCGACGAAGCCCAUCCAAGCCGUCUACGUGCCGUCUCAUCUGUUCCACAUGCUGUUUGAACUCUUCAAGAAUGCAAUGAGAGCUACGGUGGAGCAUUAUGAAGAAAGUAAGGACGAACUUCCACCUAUUAAGGCUAAAGUGACCCUAGGGAAGGAGGAUCUCUCUGUAAAGAUCAGCGACCGGGGUGGAGGAGUACCUCUGCGCAAGAUCGACAGGCUGUUCAAUUACACCUACUCCACUGCACCGACCCCCAGUUUAAACUCCAAGCGAGUACCACUGGCUGGAUUCGGCCACGGUCUGCCCAUCUCCAGACUGUACGCUCGCUACUUUCAAGGAGACUUACAGCUCUACUCCAUGGAGGGAGUCGGAACGGAUGCUGUCAUCUACCUAAAAGCUCUCUCCAGCGAGUCGUUCGAGCGCCUGCCGGUCUUCAACAAGUCGGCCUGGAGGCACUAUCAGGGAGGCCCGGGGGCAGACGACUGGAGCAACCCCAGCAAAGAGCCGCGGGACACUUCCAAGUACAAGGCGAAGAGAUGAACGGCGUCCAGUACCACCAGUGCACCCAUUUCUUCCCCCAACACCCACUUAGUCUAGCUUCGAUCGCUACGUCGAUACGCCACGUGUCCUGUGCUCGUCCGCGUUCCUCGAGCGGGACGUGUUCUCUUUUCAUUCUGUACAGUGCGUAAUAUUUGUCACAGCGCCCCCUUGUGGUGUGGUGAUCGGACGUCAUAAUGAAGCCAGCUGUAGCGCCACAUAAAGGGCCCCUGUUUUACCUCGCUAGAGAGAAGGGAAAGUCGGGUGUUUUGGGUGAUAAGAGGGAAGUUUCAUGUCUGUCAGGGACGUGUCAGUCGGCUGUUUUAUUAGUAACCAUUCCGCAUUGCCAUGAAGAAUUAGGGGGGAAACGUGAACGAGGGAAUUUAUUUAAUAUAAUAUAAAUAAUAUAAAAUUCAGCUGAUAUUCCGACUUCGCUGCACAUUCCUGAUUUAGCAUUAAUAAGGGGUGUAACGAGACACAAAUACAAAAAAAAAAACAUAUACAUGUAUGCAGAGGCGCCAUGACCAGUCGACCUCCCCCCCUUCUUUCAGACACAGCUAAAUGUGCCUGAUGGAUGCCCUCCAGGUUGAUAGCACAGCUCAAGUGGGUUAGCACAUCAGUCCGCUGUGCCACCUGAGCUCCCCAGGUCUCAUUUAUAUGUACAUAUAAUCAGUUCUUUCAUCUCAUAUCCGCCAUUCCAUUUGCUAUCUAAUCUAAGUUUGACUUGCAUCAAUAACUUUCGAUUCAAUAGAAAUAAAUAUGAACGUGACACGUUACACCCCUUAACAUUCCUGUUAAAAUAUAAUUCAUAACUACAGAUUAGAUCCAUGAUCAGUCUGUGACCAAAAUAUUUAGUUUAAAUUUGUUUACUAUGGUCUUUAUGACGGACAUGCGGUCCCACUGCUUUACCGUAACUCUGUUUUUUAAAGGCUAAGCGGCAAAUCCUCUUACGAAAACGAUACGGUUGCUUUGUCGCGUUGACUUGAGCGUGAACACUCAGAUUUGCCAGUGUUCCGUAUUGUACUUUGACCUGUCAAAGUGUCACUUAUAAACGUAUACCACUGGUUUAUCUGGUGAUAUUUAAUUUUUUAUGCAAAAAACAACACAUUUGCAGUUUGACACAUUUAAAAUGGCACUUGCAAUCGAGUCCAGCCAACAAAUAAAGUGCUUAUUAUUAUUUAAAUGCAGUUAGACAGGCUGCCAGACCGGUAAAUUACAGUGUAAGUAUGAAUUGUGACUUGUGCUGGUCGAGUAGUGGAACUGCAUGUCUCUUAUUUGAAAAAUGUGCAGGAAAUCUGCACCUAGUUUCUCUAUUUCAUUUUUUGUUAAAGCGAUUCUGGAAAUAGACAUAAUUUAGUGUCAGAUUUCUUUAUUUAUACAAAAAAUUUGAAGAAGUAAAUGAAGUUAUUAUAAUGUGAAAGCAGUUCGAGAUGCUACCAGUCCGGUAAAUCACAGUGUGAGUAUAAACAGUGACAUCUGCCGGUCGAGUAGUGGAACUGCAUGUCUGUCCUAUUUAAAAACAUUGCAGGAAAUCUGAACCAAGUUGCUCUAUUUAAUUUUUUGUUGAGGCGAUUCUGAAAAUAGACAUAAUUUGGUGUCAGAUUUCAUUAUUUAUAUAAAAAAUAGAAGUAAAAAGUGCUUAUUAUUUGAAAGCAGUUUAAGAUGCUGACGAACGGUAAAUAACUGUAUGAAUGUGAAUAGUGACAUCUGCCGGUCGAGUCGUGGAACUGCAUGUCUGUUUUAUUUUAAAAUAUUGCAGGAAAUCUG